CAGAAUCAAAAUUAUAAAAUAAUCACCGCGAUCGCCGUGAUAUGGCUGUUGGCCUUUCUACUAUCGCUGCCCCAUAGCGUGUACAACGAGAUUAAACAAGUUCACUAUAAUGGCCGAAUGUUGACCAGGUGCAGGGUCACUUAUCCGGCGUUGAAUAUUAAUUUUCGUUUAUUGUUUACGGUGGAGAUAUUUUUGACACAGUACCUGGGUCCGUUGCUGGUCACCACCUUGUUGUAUGUUAAGAUAGGGGCAAUUGUGUCCAAACAGGGUAAAGUGUCCGUAACCGUGUGCAAUGUCCGCCGCCGACUACAGUCCGAGGCUAAAAGGCGCCGCAUAUUAAUGUUGGCACUCGUGGUCAUUGUGUUUGCCGUUUGCUGUUAUAUAAAGCUACCAUUGAAUGGCUACUAUUUGUUGGUCGAUUUCAAAGUAAUCAAGCACGAUUUC